AUGGGCAAACGGACAUCCAGGCUGAUAGAGACGAUUAACGCUGUUUCGAGGAAAUCAACGAAUACCGCCGUUCAAAACUCUUCAGAAAAUGAGAACAAGAAAGAGAAGAACGACACGAAGGUCAAGAAAAAGAAGAAAAUGAAUGAGCAAAAAAAGAAGAGCGCUUGCGUCGGACUUCCGAAUAAUGCUUUUAGAAAUGAAAUGGCGACUUUGCUCUAUGCCCAGUUCAACAGCGAGCUCGAGUUCGGAUCUUCAAUACCUGGCACGAAGUGCAGGAUCAAUCCGCCGCCUUAUAACAGGCGAGCGAGCCAUGCUAAUGUUGGAAAGGGAAAACCCGAGAGACCGAAAGUACCGAGAUUUAUGCGAAAAAAUGGCCACUGUAAUAUACGACAAGCGGCACAAGACAAACGCGAGAAAUAUAUGUCCGAUCUCUUCACUACAUUCGUGGAUCUUGACUGGAUGUACAGUAUCGCCUUGUUUAUCGGCUUCUAUGCUAUUAUCUGGGUCAUCUUUUCAUUUCUUUACUGGGUUGUCGCUUUUAUCCGCGGUGAUCUUGCAUACUGGCAAGCGCAGCAAUUGUUCAUGGACAACUUUGUCAAACUAGCAAAAGCGAAUGAAACUGACAAGAUUAACUUUAUGCAAGUAGCGCGAGAUCGAAGAAUCGCUUCGAUUGUUAUGAAUUCUAUGAGUGUUGCUGGCGUCUUCAAUGGAAAAUAUGAAAAAUACAGAAAUAUUCUCAGAAGCUUGAUUUACUAUCCGUCUCAAGCGCACAAGCCUUGCUUCCAACAUGUUCACAGCUAUGCGACCGCUUUUCUAUUUUUCAUCGAAACCGAAACCACUGUCGGUUAUGGAAAACGGGCCAUCACCGACAACUGUCCCGAAGCAAUUCUUCUGCUUGUUUUUCAGUGUCUUCUUGGAACGUUAGUGGAUGCCGUUCUUGUCGGCUGCAUUUUUAUUAAAAUCUCCAAACCAAAAAAUCGAACAGACACACUUAUCUUCUCCGAAAAAGCUGUAAUUGCCCAAAGAGAUGGAAAGUUCGGAUUUAUGUUCAGGGUCGGAAAUCUGAGGAAUUCUCUCAUUGUUCAAUGCAAAAUCAGGGCGAAAUUCGUUAGAUCGCGACAUACUGAAGAAGGCGAGUUCAUUGCUCUUGACCAAACAGACAUAAAUAUUGGAUUCGAUACUGGUGCCGACAAGCUUUUCCUCGUGACGCCAUUGAUUGUUUUUCAUGAAAUCAACGAGAAGAGCCCAUUUUGGGAUCUUUCAGAAGCGGACAUCUAUAACGAGCCUUUUGAAAUAAUUGUCAUUUUGGAAGGGACGGUUGAGAGCACUGGAAUGAUUUGCCAAGCGCGGACAUCGUAUUUAAACAGGGAGAUACAGUGGGGCUAUCGAUUCAUGCCCAUGCUCUUCCUUGAUCGACAUCAUUUCUCGGCGGAUCACUCGAUGUUUCACUCAACCUAUGAAGUGAGGAUGCCAGUCUACUCGGCAAAACAAGUUUUUAAUCAAUCCGGCGAAAAAGAAGGCGACCAGCGUAAGUCAGGAAACCGUAAAACCGGAAGAAUGGCAAUCGGAUGCGAUUCAGCAUCCUGUAAUUCCGGAGCAACCAUCCCAACUCAAGAAAUUUGA